CGAUUCUUCCCAACUAUUUUGCACUGAUCCACCCUUAAACAUGGGAGUUCAGACUCCAGCCAUGAGGGAAGUAACACAACAGCUUAACUUUGAGCCUCCUAAAUUAUUCAACUCCACCACGACCAAUCCCUUUGGAUCAAUAAGCUCAGCCUUUCAGAUCAUGGGUUUUCAACAACAAUUUGGCAAUUCUCCUUUGGCAUCCUCUCGAGACCAACAAUUUGGCAAUUCUCCUUUGGCAAUAUCCCAGUUUCCCAGUUUUGAUUCAGACGUCUUGUCGUGUCAAUCUUCUGAGAAAAACUUUUCCUUAACCGAUUCAGCUGAGCAAGCAGCUGGGUCAAACCUUGACUUCAGGGACUCCUUGCAGUCACUUGUAAAAUCCCACUUAUAUUCUUCUUCGGAUAAGUCAAAUGUUCCACGCAACAAUACAUGUAGAAGCAAUCGUUUUCCACAUGACCAGAACAUGUUGCUUGGUGUUGACAGUGCUGCCUUUGUCAGGAGGCAAUUUUCGCUUUCUUCAUAUGCAAAUCAGGGUCUCAAAGUUUGCCACAGUGCAUCAUCAAGGCCAGCUCCAACACUUAAAAAACGAAUCAGAUGGACUCCAGACCUUCACAAUCAAUUCGUGAAGUGUGUUGAGCGCCUUGGUGGUCCUGAGAAGGCAACACCAAAAGCUAUACUGAAGCUGAUGGAAACAAAUUUAUUGACCAUAUUUCAUGUGAAAAGUCACUUACAGAAAUAUCGAACCACACUGUCUGGGGCAGAGUCUGUAGAUGAAAUGCCUAAGAGAAGAGCUAGUGCAGAUGGCAAUCCCCAACUCCAUGUGAAAAUUAGCAUGAAAAUUCAGGAGACAUUGCAGUUGCAACUUGAAGUUGAGAAGCGUCUUCAUGAACAAUUAGAGGUUCAACAAAAUUUACAGAUAAUGAUUGAAGAACAAUGGAGACAAAUCAGGAUGAUGUCUCACGUGCAAGAGGACAAAACAAUGAUUGAUAACUGAAUACAACAAUUGCACUGGACGAUGAAAGAUGUGGCCUAUAUCUCUAUGAAUCUUCGUUUAAUGCUUAUGUAUUUUAUACCAAUAAUACUGAUGGAUUUAGUCUCUAGCAUUAAUAUGACUAGACCAUCCAUCUCAUGCACGUAAAUCCUUUCAUGGUAAACAAUAUUCUAAUAGUAAUUUGUAUUUGGAUUUUUAUAUCAAUGUGUGCCCUCAAGCUAAGUUUUCAA